UCUCUCUCUCCAGGACGACCAGCUCCUCACACACACUCACACACACACACACACACACCCGAGCACAGACAGCUGCUGCAGCACCGACCAACGACCAUGGCUGUGUGGGACACUGCCUCUCUGCUCGUCGGACUCCUGGUCCUCCUCCACACCCGGGGAGCCUGGGCCACUGUGGAGGUGAACAUGGAGGACAGGGUGGAGGUGUUCAGGGGAGACACAGCUCGGCUCACCUGCAUGUUCAAAUCAGAUGACGGCAUCGGCGGCAUAACCAUAAUCUGGUUCUGCGUGACACGGUCAGACGAGAGGCAGAAAAUCUACUUCCAGGACUCCACCAUGAAGAUUGUCGACCGCGGCACACAGUUCACAGACCGGAUCAGUGUGAACGGCACCGGAGCCAACGGAGAGGUGGUGCUGACCAUCAACGAUGUGCGGCUGGCAGACGAACUGGAAUUUAUCUGCUUCAUCAAAAGUCUCACAGUUGGGAGCGCGGAGGGACGUACAAAGCUGAGGGUGUUCGAAACACCAAACCGUCCUACAAUUGAGGCUGUUCAGACGGGGGUCUCAGUCAACCAACAAAGCCUGUCCAAGAUCGGGGUCUGCGAGGUCAAAAAUGGCUUUCCCAAGCCGAACAUCACUUGGUACAGGGACAACACGCCGCUGCGCGACGUUCAGGAUGAGGUGAAAGUGGUGCCCAGCAUCACUAGUGAAUCCAGUGGUCUGUUCUCAGUCAAGAGUGAGCUGAGCCUGAAGGUGACGAAGGAGGACAAGGACGCGGAGUUCUACUGCGAGGUCAACUACUUAGUUCCUGGAGGAACCAGGAUGACGGAGACCGACCGCAUCAACAUCACUGUUUACUAUCCCCCCACAGCCGUAAAUGUGUGGGUGCAGUCACCAGUGGGCAAAAUCAAGGAAGGGGACUCCAUCGAGCUUCACUGCCAUGGCAACGGGAAUACUCCAUCCUCAGAACUUACAAUCUCGAAGGGGGACGUCGAGCACACUUUGGAGGCCAAUAUGUUGGUGCUGCAUAAUGUGACCCGUCUGAACAGUGGAAAUUACCGUUGCACCUCUCUAGACAUGGACACCUUUGAGGGGAUCUCUGGAAAUACCACAGUGUUUGUCCACUAUCUCAAUCAUGCUGUGGUGAUUCCUGAAGACCCUGUCCAGGUGGCCCAGGGACAGGAGCUGAUGGCCACCUGCAACGCCCUCUCUUCUCUACAGACAAACACAGCCUGGUUUAAGGAUGGAGAGUUGGUGUCGAGGAGUCACACGUUGAUCCUGAGGGACACGACGUACGACUCGGCAGGGACGUAUGUGUGUGUGGUGACUGUGCCUGAGAUUGAGGGAAUGGAGACCAGCGGCACACUUCAUGUUGAUGUCUGGGGCCCGCCAGAGAUCACAAGGCCGGACGACACGGAGAUAGAAGCGAGUUUUGAGAGUUCGGUCGACCUGCGCUGCCUCGCCAGAGGUUUCCCUUCGCCCAACAUUACCUGGAACACCUCCGAUGGAAAGGUCCUCAAGACGACAUCUGAAAAGGAGACUGAGGCGGGCGUUCAGAGUGUGGUCAGUGUCUAUGUCACUUCUGACAUCACUGCUUUCUGCAAUGCCUCCAGCGAGAACGGCACUGACUCGGUGACCUUCAACAUCAAAGCCACUAUACACACCACCACACAAGUCACCACCACACAAGCCAUCGCCACUUCUAGCACUUCUCUUUCCUCUGCCACAGUGAAAGCAGCAUCAGCUAUCCCACCAAAGAAAAGCAAGAAAGAGGGCAGCGGUGUGAUCAUUGCAGUCAUCAUCAUUUGCAUCCUGCUGCUGGCCAUCUUGGGGAGUGUGCUCUACUUCCUCUACAAAAAGGGCAAGAUCUGCGGCCGAUCUGGGAAGCAAGACCUCACCAAAGACAAUUCCAACAAAGACAACAUUGUGGUGGAGAUGAAAAGCGACAACACGGAGGAAGCGAUUCUCCUCGGGGUCAACGGAGAAAAAAUACCUCCCGGUGACCAGUAAAGGGUGGUGAGUACCUGGAUGUGCAGACGUGAGGAGGUGACUUCAGAUGCACCGACUGCUGCUGCUGUUCUUCCCUCUCAGGCUCGUACCUGCUGAUGCCUUCAAGCUUCCACCAGAGCUCCUUUAUCCUAGAGCGGUGUCGUGCAGAGGCUCGGUUGUCUGCCACUGUAAAAUCUUGAUGGACGACUGACACUCCAGUUUGUUCUGAGCUGCAACUUUUGCUUGCUGUCCCCUAUGUCCCAGCACAGUUCUCCCGGAAUGCACCUCGAGCUUUCAUGACAUAAGUCUGCCAACAAAUCUUCCAGCUCCAAACCCAACGACCGACAUUAAACUGUAGCGCUCGCUUUUGCGCGGGCCGUGCAAAAAUGCUGAUCGUAUGUAGGACAAAAAUUUAGAGCACAAAAAAGUUAACCAGGGACUGUUUUAUAUAUCUGACAGAGAAUCACUGAAGAGCAGCCUGAAACUGAAAGCUUUUUAUCCAAAGUGUACAUAUUAUAAUCUGUGUAUAUAUAUUUACUUUAUUUAAAAUAACAAUAGAAAAAAAAAAAAAAAAAAAAGACCAGAUAGUGUCUCUUUAGAGAGCAGGAAGAGCUUAGUAGUUUGAGUUAUCUUUUUUCUCUCUCUAUGUUUUCUGUUUUGCUUAAGUCUGCACACUGAAAUUUUGGGGAUACAACAGUACUUUCUCCUAUAAGCCAGUUCCAGCCUUGCCUUUUUUUCCCUGCCUCUGUAGCGUACCCUCCUGUCUUUACACUCCCCAAUUUGUGUAUAUUAAAGAAAAAUAUUUUUGCAACACGGGUGAAUAAUCUGUUCAGGAUUUGACUUUGAAGGGUUAACAUUAUUUGUAGUUGCUACUUUGUCGUUUCUUUCCUCCACAAUCUAGUUUUGCUAUCUUUGUGUGUGUGCGCGUUUUGAGUUCAAGCUUUGCCAGCGGUUACAGACGCCUCAGAAAUGACAUUUGUGUAGAAACUUCACAUUUUGUGCUUAGUUACGGUCAUAUUUAAUGUUCAGUGCACUGAUUCCUUUUGUCGUUAUUCUCCAUGCAGUUGUGUUGUUGUGUUUCUCUAAUGUGAAACAUGUUGUUUUGUUCAACGUAUGUGGAUGAAAAUUACCAGUGUUGAUUUUUAUUUCAAUUUUUUAAGAGGAAGGAUGAGGGUAGAGGAGAUUAUUGGUCCAUGGUAAACAUGGUUCACGGCAUGAAGUCGACCUCCUUAUCAGGAAAAGACACAUUUCUGUCUUUAUCUAAUUCAUGUGUUGACUGAAACAGGAAAUAAUCUGUUGGAUCAGAGAGUGAGCGACAGAAUCCCCCUCAGACGUGAGACGCCUUAAAUCGACACCUACUCCAUGUAAAUGUAAAUUCAUGUCGACACACUUGUCACAUUGUAACGUGACGACUGAGGAGGAUGGAAAUGACUGUGACUUCAAACAUGCAAAUGAAGUCGGAUGACACAAGAGCCAUCUGUGCAGCCGUCACACUCGCCCUCCCUCUCCUCUGUCGGUCUGUGUUCUGUUUCUGCUGUUUUGUUUUGAGGAACUACCACUGUUAAAUCGUUUUGGAUGUAUGGAACACGUAGAAUGCCUUUUAAUGCCUUGGAGUUUUAAUCAAUGUCAAUGAUGGCAUUCGAACCAAUUUACCAACAAAGCCAUUGUAGUUUUUGAAAAUUAUACCAAAUAAAGAUUGACUGUUAAAUGAAAAGAGAAACUAA